GUCUAAAUAUGACGCGGUUUGCUAUCGGUUAGCUAGCUAGCUACAUUGUUUCCCUCCAUCAACACUGAGCAGAGAUCGAAGUUAGAGAGUUGAUGUCCAAAACUGACAACUCCAGAUUCACCUUUGCCAUAAAUAUCGAGCCUUUCGAGUGAGGAGUUAUUUGCUGGACGUUUGAUAAACCAAUCUGCAGAAUAAACGACAUAUGCAGGCUCUAUAGCAGUGCAAGAUGUUCAACAAAUCUUUUGGCGCUCCCUUUGGGGGAGGGACAGGAGGAUUUGGGACUACUUCAACAUUUGGGCAACAAAACACUGGAUUUGGAGCAACAGGGGGCUUUGGAUCUUCAGCAUUUGGGACAACAAACAACACAGGAGGACUGUUUGGGACCACCCAGAACAAACCUGGUGGCCUAUUUGGCUCAAGCACCUUCAGUCAGCCUGUUACAUCCUCCACCAGUAGUGGGUUUGGGUUUGGUGCCACCAGUGGCACAUCAAACAGCCUUUUUGGAAGCACCAACACUGGAGGUGGAGGAUUGUUUUCCCAGCAGAAUAAUGCCUUUGGUGCCAACAAACCAGCCACUUUUGGCACUUUCGGUACCAGCACCAGUAGCGGUGGAUUAUUCGGGACAACCAACACAACAUCCAAUCCUUUUGGAGGAACAUCAGGCUCUUUGUUUGGGUCAUCAAAUUUCACUGCUGCUCCCCCUGGCACAACAAUCAAAUUCAAUCCACCAACUGGGAGUGACACAAUGGUAAAAGGAGGUGUGACAACCAGCAUCAACACCAAACACCAGUGUAUCACUGCCAUGAAGGAAUACGAGAACAAAUCCUUAGAGGAAUUAAGGCUUGAGGAUUAUCAGGCAGGAAGGAAGGGUCCUUCCAACCCCAUGGCAGCUGGCACAGGUGGUCUCUUUGGAGCGGCAGCCACAGCUACUCCCAGUACUGGCACUGGACUUUUUGGACCCUCAACUCCAAACACUGGCUUCAGCUUCGGCCAGAACAAGACCUCAUUUGGCACAAGCACUGGGGGCUUUGGUACAACCACAGGAAGUUUGUUUGGCCAGCCGCAGCAGCAGCAGCAACAACAGCAGCAAGGUUCCAGUCUUUUCAAACCAUUUGGUUCAGCUACCACCACCCAAAAUAACACUUUCUCCUUUGGCAACAGCAGCAGCAUGGGGCUGUUUGGCAACACAGCUGCCUCUCAGGCUGGAGGACUGUUUGGAAACACUAACACAAGUACUGCCACAGGAUUUGGCACAGGAAUUUUCGGCCAAACUAACACUGGCUUUGGGAAUGUGGGUACACAGGUGACUUCUGGAGAGGCUACAACUGCUCCACCACCAACAACAAACACCACCAUUGCAACAUCCACUGGAACAUUCACAAAUAAGUUAGCAAAUAAGCCUACACUCACUCUAGGGGCUAACACGAACACCUCAACCUUUGGAUUUGGUGCAACUGGUACUGGUGGGGGUCUCUUUGGGAACAAAACUGCUACGACAGGCCUGGGAACAGGACUGGGAACUGGCUUUGGAGGAGCUGUAGGAACUGGCCAGACAUCAUUGUUUGGGAACAACCAGAAAGCUGGGCUCCACCCUAGGUCACUGGGCACCUUCGGGACUGGAGGCUUCAACACUGGAGCCAACACUCUGAAUUUUGGUGCUCCUCAACAGCCUGUUGCUCUGACUGACCCCAAUGCAUCAGCUGCGCAGCAGGCUGUCCUCCAACAGCAGAUCAAUGCAUUGGCCUAUUCUCCUUUUGGAGACUCACCCCUCUUCAGAAAUCCACUGUCAGACCCAAAGAAGAAGGAAGAGCGUCUAAAGCCCACAAAUCCAGCUGCCCAGAAAGCCCUGACUACCCCUACUCAGUAUAAACUGACCCCUCGUCCUGCCACCCGUGUUCGUCCCAAAGCACUGUCCUCAUCAGGCUCCUCCAAAUCUCAGCUCUUUGAUGGACUUGAUGAUGAUGAACCCUCUCUUAACAAUGGAGCCUUCAUGCCUAGGAAGAGCAUAAAGAAGCUUGUUUUGAAGAAUCUGAAUAAUAGCAGUCUGUAUAACAGCCCUGUGAACAGAGAGGCUGAUGACUUGGCCUCCCCUUCAGAAUACCCACAAAAUGGGCUCAGUCUGAGUAUGGAUGGAGAGACCAGAGAAGUAACUGUGGAGAGAAGUGGGGAGGAUGAUCUGGAGGUCUCCAAGUUCUACACAAACCCGAUCACCAAACCAAUUCCACACGCCCAGCCGAGCCCCUUGCUACAGGACACAAUCUCAGAGUUCAACAUGCGGGGAACUGCCAGUCAUCGCAAUGGCCUGGAGGCCAGCAGUGAGGACAUCUCGCUGGCAGAGGAUUCUAUUCAGGAGGAGCGAGAUGAGGAGCUGGAGGCUCAGAAACCUCCUCACCCAGCUGGUAUAGUUCUUACCCGUGUGGGCUACUACACCAUCCCAUCAAUGGAAGAGCUAGGAAGGAUGUUGAAUGAGAAUGGGGAGUGUAUUGUGGAGAACUUCACGGUCGGCAGGAAAGGCUAUGGAUCAGUUUUCUUCUCUGGUGAGGUGAAUCUCACCAACAUGAACCUGGAUGAGAUUGUGCACUUCAGGCGUAAGGAAAUAAUCGUGUACCCUAAUGACAAAGACAAGCCUCCUGUUGGAGAGGGACUAAACAGACGUGCCGAGGUGACUCUAGAUGGUGUGUGGCCCAAUGACAAGACAACAUGCUCUCAGAUUAAGAGUCCAGAGAGGCUGACUGAGAUGAACUACGAGGGUCGACUUGAGGCAGCCUCGCGUAAACAGGGUGCCCGCUUCUUGGAAUACCGUCCUGAAACUGGCUCCUGGGUCUUUGAGGUGGCCCACUUCUCAAAGUACGGACUCCAGGAAUCUGAUGAAGAAGAGGAAGCUCCCCCCACCAAGCUUGAACUGAAGAAGCUGAAGACAGGUGUUCCACCUGUGAUCCCACAGCUUCCACUGACCCAGCAGCAGAUGUCACCACAGGCUCAGAGCACAGCAGUUCUUGAGCUGCUCAGCCAUGUGUCAGAGUUGGACAGUGACAUGGCUGACAUUACUCAAGAGCACCCAGCAGACAGUGUUUUGGGUGAGGGGGAUGGAAAGAGGACUCUGGAGGAGAAUAAGCUGAGAUCUGAGACUCCUGCCGAGCGCAAGCCUGUGUCUGCAUCAAGUCAGAUUGCUUCCUCAAUGGGCAUCAACCCUCAUACCUUACAGGCCUCUCUCUUUGCAGAGGAUGAUGAAUGUGAUUUGUUUCAAGAGCAUGGUUCUUCAAAGCUCAUACAGGAUGUGGCUUCCCCUGAAGUUUUGCUUUCUGGAGCUGGUCGGCAAUCAAUUGGAGCCCUUUUACAAACCAAGUUCAACUCAGGAGGAGGACUUUUUUCCCAGUUGCCAGAGGCUCCUUUUAGAGGAAUACCUCAGAAGCUUAGCAAGUCACUAGCAUCAGAAUCUCCAUGGCCAUCAUUGGGUCCUUCCUUCCUGUUGCCGGCCCCUCCCCCAGAACCUACUAUUUGAACUGUGGGGACCCGCAGGCUAGGGGGGCCAGUACCUCUGGAAAGCUCCAUAACUCUAGGAAAAGGCCGUCUGCUAAUGGAUGCUGCUUUGUUCAGAGGGCGAUCUUUCAGAGUGGGCUGGGGUCCCAACUGGACACUGGUGCACUGUGGAGAUCAACUUAGUGUCACAGAGGCAAUGAAGGAGCAGUCGGCAGAGAUCAUGGGAUUUGGCUUCUUACCCAAACCUACCAAAAGCAAACCGAUCACUGAAAGUCCAUUUAAAGUGCAUAUAGAGCAGGUGGUUGGCCUGAAGCCCAAACAGUCAGCAGAAAGCCUUGCUUUAUAUCACAAACCACUGGAGAUUGGUCUAAAGCACAGCACAAUCAACAUGGAGCAUUCCUGUCCCUUCAUCCAGCCAGCAAAAGGAGUGGAUGCUCUGCAUGGUUAUGCAGAAUGGAUUGUAGAGGUCAACAAAGAUAUAGGAGGAGGGGAUGCUGGUCUGGCCCAUUGGCGCCAAGUUUGGACUUUGUGUGCUGCUCUUUUUGGUCAUUUGGAUGACCUGGAUGUGGAGACUGAGCAAUACUCAGACUACCAGCAGCAGCUUGAGAGGCGAAGGAGCUUCUCGCACUGGCUCUCUGAGUGUGCGGCUGAAUGCAUUGAGGAGGAGGUGGGCCGAGCCCUUCAGCGCAACCAUUCUGAGGCCAUAUUCAGUUACCUUACCUGCCACUGCAUAAGCAAAGCCUGCAAACUGUCCCAGAAGAGUGGGGACCAUCGUCUGGCUCUGUUGCUGUCACAGGCUUUGGGCUCUCAGUUUUGUAGAGAUCUAUUGGCUCUACAGCUCAGUGACUGGAACAGCAUGCAGACCUACUCCUUUAUAGAGGAGGAGAGGCUGCAAAUCUUUGCUUUGCUUGCAGGCAAACCAGUGUGGCAGUCAACAGACGGCUGUAUAAACGUGUGCUCUGAGCUUGAUUGGAAGCGGUGUGUUGCAGUUCAUCUCUGGUACAUGAUGCCUCCUACUGCAUCUGUAGCUGACAUCCUUUCCAAAUACGAAUCUGCAUUUCAGGGUUCAGAGGAAGUGAAAAGUUAUGCUUGCCCUCCUUUACCUCCUUACAUAGAUGAACUCGAGUUAUUGGGUUUGGAUGAAGAGAUGGAUGAGACUGAAUCCAAAAAGCCACUCUAUGACAUCUGCUUCCACCUGCUCAAACUUUACAGUGACAGGCAUUAUAGCCUACAACAGCUACUUGAUCCCAGCACAUUAACUGCUGAUCAUCUGGACUACCGGCUGAGCUGGCACCUGUGGAACGUAUUGCAAGCUCUUAACUACAACCACCUGUCCACCCCAUGCCAGGGCUUGCUGCAUGCCAGCUAUGCUGCCCAGCUUGAGAGUGUGGGAUUAUGGGAGAAGGCUAUCUUCGUGCUGCUGCACAUACCUGACUCUGGGCGUAGAGAGAGUGCAGUGAGAGAGAUGAUCAACUUGCAUUGCUCCCUUGAGGAGACGGAAGAGUCAAUGGAAAAAGAGCAGUUUCUCACAGAAAAGUUGCUGAUCCCCAUUCAGUGGAUCCAUCAGGCCAAGGCAAUCCGUGCUUGUAGAGAGGGAGACAAACGUAGUGAAGCUUUGCACCUUUACAAGGCUGGCCACUGGAAUCACUGCCAACGGCUUGUCAUCCAGCACCUUGCCUCAGACUGCAUCAUUAACGAUAAUCAUAAGUACCUUCUGGAAUUCCUAGAGGGGUUAGCAGUGCCAGAGCGCAGUGUUAAGAUUCAGGACUGGGACAUAUCUGGACGAGUCUAUCUUGAUUACAUCCAUGUCAUUCAGACGCUGCAGGACAUCCAGCAGAUGGAAAGCCCAGGUUAUGAGCUGGAGCGACUGCAUACGGAGGUGACGUCGCUUUGCAGUAGAAUAGAGCGCCUCCCCUGCUCCAAAGCUAAAGACCGACUUGCACAAUCAGAGAUGGCCAAAUGUGUCGCUAACAUCCUUCGGGUGGUCUUGAGUCUCCAGCAAGGUGGUGAAGGCACCCCAGAUCCCCGACACAUCCCUCUUUGCCAGCUUGCUCCAUACAUUGGACGUCUACCACUGCCAGAGGACUAUGCUUUAGAGGAACUCCGCAGCCUUACUCAGUCAUACCUGCAAGAGUAUGUUAUCAGUCACUGAAUAUCAAGAUAAGUUUCACAAUCAGUUCUGCAGAAAUAACAUGAGUCUUGAUUGGAUUAACCUUCAGCACUACAAUUAAAUGGCUGUUUCAGGCCGUGGUUGAAUUUUCGAUGCAUAUUUAGGCACAAUAUUUGUGAAAAAAAAGCAUUCUCUUCUGUGUUUGUGUAGGAGCUUCUUCCCCCGUUUUGUUUUUCUAGAAAUGAAUGUGAGUGUAUUUUAAUUAUUAAAGUAUCUCGUUGAAUACACCUGUUGAUUUCAUCUGCCCGAGAUACUUAGAGGGAAAAUGACAGAUUUGAGAACUUUUACAUUUGUCUAUUAAGUUAAAAAAAAAAAGUUACAUUGUGAACUAUCAUCUGGUCCAUUCAAAGACAAAAUAUAAUAUUGUGUUGUGUGUUUAGAGCCUAAAGUGUACUCUGGCCACCAAACAAUACAUAAAGACUU